GUAUAUGAAGUACCACGCACGGAGAACUCCCAUCUGAGGCCUCAGAUUAUUGUAAUGUUUGCCUGUUAUGUUGUUUGUUGAUGCAUGUUGUGAUGUAUCUUUGUUCGUACUUUUAUUACAAAUAUAUAUGAUCAUUAAUUGUCAACAGUAUUGUGUGCUUUUUUGCAUCUAAAUAUCUCAUCUGUCUUAGACGCAAACUCUGAUAGAGAAAUUGCCGCGACAAUUUGGGGGCUCGUCCGGGAUACCUAACCUGAAGAUCCCGUGAAAAAUCCCUAGGUGUCUGCCAAGUCAGGUCUGAGGAUUCGGUCUCAGUCCCAAAGCUCUACCUCGCCUCCAGGUGACUGUAACCAGAGUAAUGGGGUCGAGGAAAGGGUGUCUGUGGGGGAUGGAGUAGGGGUUCUUCAGUACGGUAUCCAAAGGAAAAAGAAUUCGAGCAGGUGAGAUCACAAUACUGUUUAAAGCUUCCAAAUAAAAUCUGUUACAGGAACGGUAUAUAAAUGUUUCGGUAAACGUAAACUUAUAUCUGAACUUAGGCCUCGUUCAAGGAAACUCUGUUAUAGGAACAUACGGUAAAGCUCCGGUUCCGUCAAUAUAUAUAUGGUUAUAUAGGUAACAGAAAGGGCAGCUAGAGUCUGUCGGGGGAACGGGAAAAAGGGAAACCCGUUGAAGCGCGGUUGGUGUUUUAUAUAUAUGUAUAAAUAAUAAUAAUAGGCAUUCAUUAAUAAAUAAAUGUAUAUGUGUGUAGUAACAAGGAGGUUUCGGGGAUAUUAGAUAAUUUGUUAAAUAAUAACUAAUAGUGUAAAAGGAUCUCAAACAUGGGUAACAAAUCGGGAAAAACUGAGAUAACGGGGCCUGCAUAGGUAAUGUUGGAGAAGCAUGGUGAAGCGGCUCUGGAGGGUUUAAAAUAUUGGUGCAAACUGGGCUUUCCUGAAAUGGGGAGUUUUAGCUUAAAACGAUUACAGGAGUUAGAGAGACGGUUGUUGGAAUCAGAAAUGAAAAAGAAAAGUUCCAAACUAUGUUGGUGUGCAUUUUAUUUGUGGGAAAGAGAGGGCCAGGACAGGAAAAAAAAUCAGCCAGGGACAGAGAGCGUAGAGAGUGUAGGGAGUUUUAAUCCCAAUGUCACCCGAGAUAUAGACCCGGACCUGGACUGCACCGGCGGACCGUGUGCGAAUCCCCCUUCUCCUCCCCCGUAUGACAACGCCCAUGAAGCCGCCUCAUCGGACAAUCUCUACCCUGACCUCGAAGAAGAGGAGAAAGCCCCCGCAUGCAGCACGAGGCCUGCAACUCGUAGCCAGGGGAAAGCUCCACAAUCAUCCCAGCAGGCGACGGCCACACCGACCAAGCGGAACCCGUCGCCAGCCGCUUGAGGAACCAGGGAAUGGCGUUCUCCCCAACUCCUCAACAUGGGGACGUGAUGGAUGGACAAUUCCCCAUGAUCGAAGUACUGAACCCCCAGGAUGGCAGUCCAGCAUACGUUUUCCGUGCAUGGAGACCCAGUGACAUUAAGGACAUAGCGGAAUGGCUCCCAGACCCAUCUGUAGUGGGGGGGGCUGCCUUCGCCACAGCCCUUCAAGAGUUGGUCCAACAACACAAGGCCUCCAUCAGCGAAGUUCGCCAACUCUGUACGUACAGACUGACCCUAAGGUGGGGUCGGAUCCAAGGCGACAUGCCCGGGAGGGACGAAGCUUAUUCAAUGUUCAAUUGGGAUCAAGGGUCCGUGUACCGCCGGCUGGUAGAGGGACUGUGUGAACGGGCCAGGGGGGCGUUCCCCAUGGUUAGAGAUUGGACCGCUAUUCGAAAAAUCAAACAAAUAGAAGGCGAGACGGUGGCUGACUUGAUGGACCGCGUUGAAAAGGUGUUCAAGAUCCACGGGGGACUGCCUGUACCAACCGACCGAGUGGUUCAGACUCCGUACGAAGAAAAUCUCACCGCGGCCUUCCUGGAUGCGUUGGCCGACAAAAUAUCGGAAUUCAUAGAGACACACUGCAUUGGGUGGCGUACCGCCAGACUUGAUUUGAUUGUAAGUCACGCGACCCACGCAGAAAACCUCUUCAUGAAGAAAGAAAAGUUCGAGAAGAAUAGAAAAGAAGAGAUAACCAAGAAGCUCCAGCUCGCCCAACUGGAGGCCCUGGAGAAUCCUAAACCAACCCGUCGCGACAAAGACCAAAGAACCGACCGGCCAGAAGAGAGAAAGUCCCGUGGAUUAAUCAACCGGGACUGUUUGUAUUGUGGCUCCAAGGAUCAUUGGUUAAAAGAUUGUCCCAUUAGAAAAGAGGAAAACGAUGAAGCGGACGACUGGGAAUCCGCACCUUCCCGUGAAGUGACUGUGAAUCAUCCAAGAGGCAGAGGUGAAGGGGGGCAUUCGCAUUGACGGGACGCAGGAGCAGGCCAGGUCCAAGGAGGAGGUAUGAGCACCAUAACACAUAACACAACCAACACGCAAAAUGGUCUCAGCGUCACAACGCACGCAAGCACCACAUCCAAAUGAUUGUUGUAUGGUUCUCACCAGCCUCAAGCGACCUGAUCAGCUAAAUGUAAUAUUUUAUAUGAUUAUUAUAUAUAGUUAUUAUAAACAACGGGCUAUUGUAGACAGUGGAUACUCGAUUUUUACAAUCUAACACAACCAAUUUAAUGGUCAACCAUAUCACACAGCCAUGACAUGACCCCAACUGACCCAGACUAACCCCGACUGACCCCCGACUGACAACGUGACGGGGACAACAGAAGUGUAUUGCCUAAUAUUGAAAAUGCUGAUUUUUAUAUUAUGAUAUUUUGUUAAUGUUUUAUGGCCAAAAUGGCAACAAGGUGAAUUGACGAACGUAUGAGAGAGAUUGGAAGAAGUAUGUGUUAUGGAAGGAGAAGAGAUAGAUGAGAACGUAAGGCAAGACAAGAUAAGGAAAGGGGUAGGGAGAAAGAUAACCCAUCUGCAUCGAGUUUUGUUCAAAUAGAUCCGGACCUGGACAACGCUCCUCCUUCUCCUGCUUUCAGCCCGACCAGUGGCCCAAUACAGUGCAAAUACCCCACGUCACGACUCCUCUACAUCAGACUUUAUGAAGUUACAGACCAUGGGAGGCCCACCUGAAGAGCUACGGAAUGGUCUGCUGGACGACACAAGGAGACAGUCCAGCAGGACCAACAGCACCAGAGUGGUGGCCUCCAUGGUGCCUGUGUAGCCACAAGAAAGUGGCCUGAACAUUGAGACAAAGGAGGGUCUCAGAAACGGGAGAGACGUGGGGACAGGCACUUCAAAGGACAGCCUGUGAUGCGGAUAUGAGGCAGGAAGCAGAGAGAGAGGUGGAGGCGUGUCCAGGCGGAUGGAGAGAAGAGCAGUGUCCCUCAGAGACAUCAUGAAGGACAAUGGGAAAGAGAAGAAGAAUACCGUUUAAAUGUUG